GUAAAGUCAGCGGUCCCCACGUGAGUGAGGUCCAUUCAUGCUGGCCAGCCUGCUCCCUCACUCUCUCACCGGGAACCAUCCAAACCUCCUCCAGUCCUCUCAGCGGGACCACCAGUUCCUCCAGGACUCCAGGCCCGAGCAGCAAAUCAACAUAUCUCACUAAAACCUGUCAAACCGCAGAAGCUGUUGCACCCAUGGCGGUGGUGAGGUUCUACAGUAAUGAAGCCCUGAAUGGCCGAGCCUUGCAGAGAGCAGCCAAGCUCUGCCCGCAUCUGUCAAUCACAACUGAGCUCUGCUACAACGUGGAGCUGACAGGAUGUGAGAGUCUCAGCGCCGAGCAGAAGGAGGUUCUCCUCUGGCUGUUUCGUCCUCCCCUGCAGGGAGAACCGUUGUCUGAGAAACCCAAUCUCACAGAGGCCACCGGAGAAAAGCUGGUGGAAAUUGGACCCAGGUUGAACUUCUCCACCGCUUGGUCCACGAACGCCGUGUCCAUCUGCCAGAGUGCCGGGCUCGUCAACGUCACUCGGGUCGAGCUUUCUCGAAGGUUUCUCGUCAAGCCUGAGACUGGCGGGAACCUGAGUGAGCUCAGUGGAGAGGUGAAGAAGCUGAUUGAGUGCCUUCAUGACAGCAUGACUGAGUGCGUCUAUCACGAUCCCAUCACCUCCUUCGCCGUGGAAACCAAACCGCAGCCUGUGUUUGAGGUUGACAUCUUGAAGAACGGUCGCUCCGCCUUGGAGAAGGCCAACGAUGAUCUGGGUCUGGCAUUUGACUCCUGGGACCUGGACUACUACACAUCGAUGUUCCAGAGGAUUGAAAGGAACCCCACCAGUGUGGAGUGUUUUGACCUGGCCCAGUCCAACAGUGAGCACAGCCGCCACUGGUUCUUUCGGGGGAAAAUGUUUAUUGACGGUCUGGAGCAGAAAGAGACUUUGUUCAGUCUCAUAAUGGACACCCAGCGGCACAGCAACCAGAAUAACGUCAUCAAGUUCUGCGACAACAGCAGUGGAAUCAAAGGCACUGAGCUCGAGUGCAUCUACCCAAAAGACCCGUCCGCAGCGAGUCCGUAUGAGACGCGGCCUUCGCGAAGACACGUCAUCUUCACCGCUGAGACGCACAACUUCCCAACCGGUGUGGCGCCGUUCAGCGGAGCCACCACGGGGACGGGAGGCCGUAUCAGAGACGUGCAGAGUGCUGGACGAGGGGGCCACGUCAUCGCCGGAACUGCUGGGUACUGCUUUGGAAACCUGCACAUCCCAGGGUACCGUCUCCCCUGGGAGUGUGAAGGGGAGGGAUGGGAGUACCCGUCCAGCUUUGCACCUCCUCUGCAGGUUGCCAUCGAGGCCAGCAAUGGAGCGUCUGAUUACGGCAACAAAUUUGGAGAACCUGUCUUGUCAGGCUUUGCCCGUUCCUUCGGCAUGCGUCUGGCUGACGGGGAGCGACGGGAGUGGAUCAAGCCGAUCAUGUUCAGCGGUGGUCUCGGGUCGAUCGUAGACACACAUGUGGAGAAAGAAGAAGCCCGGCCAGGAAUGGAGGUGGUGAAGAUCGGAGGACCGGUGUACCGGAUCGGUGUGGGAGGAGGAGCAGCCUCUUCCGUUGAAGUCCAAGGAGACAACUGCAGCGACAGGGAUCUCGGGGCGGUCCAGAGAGGAGAUGCCGAGAUGGAGCAGAAGAUGAAUCGUGCUCUCAGGGCUUGUCUGGAGAGAAGUGACAGGAAUCCAAUCUGCAGUAUUCAUGACCAGGGGGCAGGAGGGAAUGGUAAUGUGCUCAAAGAGCUCAGUGAGCCCGCAGGAGCUGUGAUCCACUGCAGUAGAUUCAAGAAAGGUGACCCCACCUUAAGUGUGAUGGAGUUGUGGGGGGCCGAGUAUCAGGAGAGCAACGCUCUUCUGCUCCUCCCACCAGACAGGCCCUUCCUGGAGAGGGUGUGUCAGCGGGAGAAGUGUCCCGUUGAUUUCGUGGGAAACAUCACAGGAGAUGGCAAGAUUGUGCUGGUUGAUGAUGAGAGAAGCGGCGGAGAUCAGGCCGACCAGGUGCGUCAUCCUGUCGACCUGCAGCUGGAGUGGGUUCUGGGAAAGAUGCCGCAGAAGGAGUUUAGGAUGGAGCGAGUGGCCUCGACGCUUCAGCCGCUGACGCUUCCCGCCGGGCUGACGGUCAAGGACGCUCUGCAGCGAGUGUUGCGUUUGCCGGCCGUGGCCUCCAAACGCUACCUGACCAACAAGGUGGACCGGUCCGUGACUGGCUUGGUUGCCCAGCAACAGUGCGUCGGCCCUCUUCACACCCCACUGGCCGACGUGGCUGUUGUUGCUCUGUCACCAUUCAGUCUGGAAGGGGCAGCGACGGCCAUCGGGGAGCAGCCAAUUAAAGGGCUCGUCUGUCCUGCAGCGGGGGCUCGCAUGGCUGUAGGAGAGGCUCUGACCAAUCUGGUGUUUGCCAGAAUCACGGCACUGAAGGAUGUGAAGUGCAGUGGUAACUGGAUGUGGGCUGCCAAGCUGCGUGGUGAGGGGGCCUGCCUGUGGGAGGCCUGCAAAGCCAUGUGUGAGGUCAUGAGCCAGCUGGGAGUGGCUGUCGAUGGAGGCAAGGACUCACUGAGUAUGGCAGCACGGGUGGGGAAAGAGACCGUCAAAGCUCCAGGUGCUCUGGUUGUCUCUGCAUACGCCGUUUGUCCUGACAUCACCGCCACGGUGACGCCUGAUCUCCAAGAUCCCGAUGGCAAAGGUGUGCUGUUGUGGGUUCCUCUCAGUCCAGGCAACCAUCGUCUCGGAGGCUCUGCCCUCUCUCAGUGCUACAGCCAGCUCGGAGACUGCUCUCCUGACCUGGACCAGCCACAACUACUGACUUCCUGCUUCAAUACCACUCAAAAACUCAUGCAGGAUCGGCUGCUCAGUGCAGGGCAUGACAUCAGCGACGGAGGUCUCAUUUCCUGCUUGCUGGAGAUGGCGUUUGCUGGAAACCGUGGGAUUGAUGUUGAGCUGCCGUCACAAGGAGCCGGAGUCAUGGAUCUUCUGUUCAGCGAGGAGCUUGGUUUGGUUCUGGAGGUUUCACAGUUGGACCUUGAAGCUGUUUGUCAGAGGUACAGCGACGCAGGUGUGCAGUGCCUGCAGAUCGGUAGAACCUGUGGCUUCGGACCUGGCGCUACAGUCAGAGUCUGCGUGGAUGGACAGGAGGUCCUCAGAGAGCCGCUGCCUGACCUCAGGGCAGUUUGGGAGGACACAAGCUUCCGUCUGGAGUGCUUUCAAGCCAACGAGCUCUGUGUUAAACAGGAAGAGGAAGGGCUAACCAAGAGGACACAGCCGUUCUUUAAACUGAGCUUCGACCCCUCUGAAACACCCAGCAUCCGUCACCUUACUGCAGGGCCGCCACGUGUCGCAGUGGUCAGAGAAGAGGGCAGCAAUGGAGAUCGAGAGAUGUCCGUCUCUCUAUACAUGGCUGGCUUUGAGGUCUGGGAUGUGACCAUGCAGGACCUGUGCUCUGGUUCUUUAACCCUUGAGCCUUUCAAAGCAGUUGUGUUUGUUGGUGGGUUCAGCUACGCCGACGUCCUGGGAUCAGCUAAAGGUUGGGCUGCAACUGUCACCUACAACCCAAAAGCCAAGGCUGAGUUUGAUCGCUUCCAGCGGAGGGAAGACACCGUGAGUCUGGGAGUGUGCAACGGCUGCCAGCUGCUCGCCCUGUUGGGCUGGGUGGGGGAGGAAAAGGAAGGAGCAGGCUCCGAGGUGGUGCUGACCCACAAUAAGUCUGGCAGGUUUGAGUCGCGGUUUGUAAGCGUUGGGAUCCGGGAGUCUCCCUCCAUUUGGCUCAGAGGGAUGGAGGGAUCUGCUCUGGGAGUCUGGGUUGCACAUGGAGAAGGCCUGUUUCAGUUCCGUAGCUCCCAGGCCCAAGACUCGAUUAUGUCCAGUGGACUUUCCCCGCUCCGUUACCUUGACGACCAGGGUAACCCCACUGAGGAGUACCCCCUAAACCCCAAUGGCUCGCCUCAGGGAGUUGCAGGGCUCUGCUCCAGGGACGGGAGACACCUGGCCAUGAUGCCACACCCGGAGCGCUGCACCCUGGGCUGGCAGUGGCCCUGGGCCCCCCGGGACCUCCGGCCCUCCCUCACGCCUUCACCCUGGCUGAGGAUGUUCAACAACGCAGCAGCCUGGUGCAGCAACACAGAUUGAUCAUGGUCUAUUUACAUCAUUUUGGUUUUGUCAGUGUACUAUGUAUGUCUCAGUAGUAAUAGUAAUAGAGUAAUACGCGGUUACUUUCAGCAGUACCUGUUUUUGGUCUUCAUGCAUCAUUUUUUAAUGACACUUGAGAAUUGAUGACUUUGUAAAGACUUUGGUUACAUUUUGUAUUUUUACAAAACACUAAACGAUCUGACAUUAUCAGAAGUUUCAAACCUGGAGAAAAAACAACUUAAUAAAUGAAUUAA